UUUCAUUUUCUCUCUGUGCGUUUCAACGGAGAGGAAGGGGAAGAAGGACGAUGACUGCUUCGUUCUUGUUCUGCGCUUGUAUUGACCAGGCGAGCGUCGGGAUCGUGGAGCAGUGGGGGAAAUUCCUCCGAAUCUCCGGCCCCGGCCUCCACUUCUUCAACCCCUUCGCUGGAGAGUUCCUCGCCGGCACCCUAUCCACCCGCGUCUCCUCCCUGGAUGUGCGCGUCGAGACCAAGACCAAGGAUAAUGUGUUUGUACAAUUAGUUUGUUCAAUUCAGUAUCGCAUUGUUAAAGAAAAUGCUGAUGAUGCUUUCUACGAGUUACAAAAUCCAGAAGAGCAGAUCCAAGCUUAUGUUUUUGAUGUGGUCCGAGCACAUGUUCCUAGAAUGACUCUUGAUGAACUCUUUGAGCAAAAAGGUGAUGUGGCAAAAGCAGUCCUUGAGGAGCUAGAAAAGGUAAUGGGAAGCUAUGGAUUUAACAUUGAGCAGAUUCUUAUGGUUGAUAUUAUACCAGAUUCUUCUGUGCGAAGAGCUAUGAAUGAAAUAAAUGCAGCACAGAGGAUGCAACUUGCUAGUGUCUACAAAGGCGAAGCUGAAAAGGUCCUCAUGGUGAAGAAAGCCGAAGCUGAGGCAGAGGCCAAAUACCUCGCAGGCGUUGGGGUGGCAAAGCAGCGCCAGGCGAUAACUGAUGGCCUGAGAGAGAACAUCCUGAAUUUCUCCCAUACGGUAUCCGGCACCACUGCUAAAGAGGUGAUGGAUCUGAUAAUGGUCACACAGUACUUUGACACCAUCAAAGAGCUCGGAAACUCAUCGAACAAUACGACCAUCUUCAUACCCCAUGGGCCCGGUCAUGUGAAAGAUAUCUCAGAUCAGAUCCGCAACGGAGUGUUGGAGGCAGCAGCAGGCAGUUCGCAGACGAACAAUCUCUGAUGUGUCUUUGGUAUUCAACGAAGUAUCUCCUGUAAUAACUACUAACUCGAAACCAAAAUGUUACUCUUUUCUUUUGCUCUGAGUUCGACUGUUGAACAUAGUUGAAAGGGUCUAUUUGGGGUUUGAAACUUGAGGUUUAAUAAGCAUGGCAGUUGUCAUCAUGUAAAAUUGUGCACGAUCUAUUUUGUUUUGAGUGAGUUGUAGCAAGUGGGCAAACAUUAAAAGACAUAUUUAGAAUAAUUUUUAAAAUUUUCUUUAAA